UGAAGUGUCUGCUCUCUCUCUCUCUCUCUCUCUCUCUCUCUCUCUCUCUCUCUCUGUCAAUCUGAACCAUUCAAUGGGUGAGGAGACUAAGCAACCAAAGAAGGCAGCCGUUGAAGAGCUGCUGAAGCGUCUAGAUGAAGGGAGGGUCCCAGAUGAGGAGCUCCGGAGGCUUAUGAGGUUUGAAAUUGGAAGGCGUCUCCAAUGGGGUUACAAACCUACUCACGAGGAGCAGGUGGCCCAAGUCCUUGAGCUGACUCAUUCUCUAAGGAAGAUGAGCAUAGCAACAGAGGUGGAUACGUUGGAUUCACAGAUGUAUGAAAUACCCAUUUCCUUCCUCCAGAUUAUGUUUGGUAGCCUGAUCAAAGGAAGCUGUUGUUACUUUAAGGAUGACUCAACGACAUUGGAUGAGGCUGAGAUAGCAAUGCUUGAUCUUUACUGUGAAAGGGCACAAAUAAAAGAUGGUCAAAGUGUUCUUGAUCUUGGAUGUGGACAAGGAGCCCUUACUUUACACGUUGCUCAGAAGUAUCAAAAUUGUCGUGUUACAGCUAUUACCAAUUCAGCAUCGCAGAAAGAUUUCAUAGAGGAUCAGUCCAAAAAACUCAAGCUAUCAAAUGUUGAGAUUAUAUUAGCAGACAUAACCAAAUACGAAACAGAGACUACUUAUGAUCGGAUACUGGUCAUCGAAUUGUUUGAGCACAUGAAGAACUAUGAGCUGUUGCUUAAAAAGAUAGCCAAGUGGAUGAAGCAGGAUGGUCUGCUAUUCAUAGAGCAUAUAUGCCACAAAACAUUCGCUUACCACUACGAGCCUCUUGAUGAAGAUGAUUGGUACACAGAAUAUGUCUUCCCUGCAGGAACAAUGAUUAUACCAUCAUCAUCCUUUCUUCUAUAUUUUCAGGAUGAUGUUUCGGUUGUGAACCACUGGACCCUUAGUGGAAAGCAUUAUUCACGUACCAAUGAAGAGUGGUUGAAGAGAGUUGAUGCAAAUGUGGAUGCUGUCAGAGAAAUAAUGGAGUCAUUCUCUGGCAGUAAGGAAGCCGCUGAGAAGUGGAUUAGGUAUUGGCGAGGAUUUUGCAUAUCAGGAAAUGAGCUAUUUGGGUAUAAUAAUGGUGAAGAAUGGAUGGCGUCCCAUAUUCUUUUCAGGAAGCCAUGAUGCAGUUUUCAUCUAGAGGAUUUCUGCAAACUUCAAUAAUAAAGAUGAUGUAUGAAUGAGCUUACCACAGUAAAGUUGCAUUAUCUUUCAAAAAAAAAAAAAGUUGUUCCACACUCAUCAUGAGUUAACACUUUCUACCGUUUUACAUGUGGAGCAUUGGACUAGUUGAUGGAAGAAGUUUGAAAUUUCAACGUCAUUGUGGUUAUUUGUUCUUGAGUAGUUAUGUCUCACAUAGGCAUACAAGGACAUGGCACAUACGAGAUGUUAGAGGAUUAUUAUUAUUACUACUAUUGUGUUAAAAUUUCAAGCAAGUAAUAGCUUUGUAAGAUUAAUUUACUUU